CCACGACCAUUUGAACCAUUUGAAUAUGCUGAGAAGUGAAUGACCUAUUUGGCUAGUCCACUACUCUACAUAUUACUGAAAACGAUUAUGGAUAACCCUUUAAACAAUUACAUAUGCAUUUUUAGCGUGUUUGACAUACUCAUAACCUCGAUCUUUUAUUCAAUAUUGACACGGAAACAUAAGCUCGCUUUUCAGUUUUUUGCGUUUGCUUUGUCGAUCUGUGAAGUGUUUUCUGUCCAGAGGAAUCUUUAGACGACAAUGAAGCUAUUCUCAUUACAGAUACUUUAUAAAACUGACACAUCAGCUAAAUUAUUACAAGCUUCACAUGAACUAUCGGACUUCGGUUAUUUUCAGCGAUCCAGUGUUCGAGAAUUUAUGGACUUUACUGCUAAAGUGGUCUGUGAACGAACAGCUCGUUGCCAGCGUGUACAAAUUAAACAACAAGAUUAUAUUUGUCAUGUUUAUGUUCGUCAUGAUAAUCUAUGUGGUGUACUAAUUUGUGACCAAGAAUAUCCUCCAAGGGUUGCUCAGACGUUAUUAACCAAAGCCACUGAAGAUUUCGCACUCCAAUGUCCUGCAUCCACUUGGGCAAAUAUGACUGUCGGAUCUGAUCCAUGUAAAAAGAUCCAUGAAUAUUUACAGAAAUAUCAGAAUCCUACCGAAGCAGAUGGUUUAAUGCGACUUCAGAAUGAAUUAGAUGAAACUAAAGUUAUUUUACAUAGUACAUUAGAAUCAUUAUUGUCUAGAGGUGAAAAACUUGAUGAUUUAGUUGAACGGUCCGAAGGUCUUAGUUUACAAUCAAAAAUGUUUUAUACUACAGCGAAGAAAACAAACAAAUGCUGUGUUAUACUGUAAAGUUUUCAUCGUUCAGUUCACCUAUGCUCACUUCCCUGUAUGUCGAUUGGAAUCAGGUAGUCAACCUAAUCAAUAGAAAAUUUGAACCAUUCAUAAUUUCUUUCUUACUUGUAUCACUUUGUAUUCGUUCCAGAAUGCCAAGUUGAUCUUUGUUUUUUAUUUCCUUUGUUUGACUUCAACGUUUAUCACAUAAUCGAACAUCUGUUUAUCAAUAAGUUUGAUUAUCUUUGAAAUCGUAAUUUCCAGUCAAGUAUUUUUCUUUUUUUUUGUGAUUCAUUAAAUCGGUAGCAUUGUGUUGUACUACUAAUUUAUUUUGGUAAACAUUUGCGCUACUUGAUUUCAAUAAGAUAAUUUUUUGUUGUACUGGAUUUUGUUCGAAAUUUAGCACGUUGACUACUUAAGUUGUUGACUGUGUUAAUAUCAAUAAAAUUAUCAUAAUAAUUUAUAUUGUUCAGUUAUAUGUGUUGAUGUAUUUCAGUUCUUCCAUAAUUGCUGAAAACGUGAUGUAAUCGUUGAUUCGUGAACUAUGUAUAUACAUAUUUAUUAUGGUUAUCAUAUCUUUUGGAAUUUUCCCCUCUUUCGUUUUUGUUUAUUCAGUAUUUUGUGCAUCAAAAUAUCAGUGUAUAUUUACACAGAAUAUUCUGCUUACUAAUUGAUUCAAUACUUAGUUCUCUCUAUUAUUUUUCAUCUUUAGUUCAUGUUGAUUCGUGAUUGUAUUCUGUUCGCUGACUUCCAUUUUUCAAAUUGAUUUCAGUGUUUGUGGUUGAGGUUUUUUCUAUUUGGAAUGUCACAAGUUUCACGCUAACAAGAUGAUCAUUCAUUAAAUCAAAUAUUCUGACAUAUAUUUCUUACACUUUCGUCUUGGUUCAUAGCUAUUUUUGGGCGCCAUCGAUCAAUUAGUUUGUUAUGGUAUUUUAUGUUGAAUGCGGUGUUGAAAACUUACAGAUUAAGACUUAAAAACUGUCUUGUGUUACUUGGUUCUCCAGCCGAAAUUGGUUGGGAGUGACAAACAUAGAGUUAAAAAUCUACACCAACACUAAACAAUACUGCCCAAUGGUCCUUGGAUUUUGACCUGUUUUUAGUCUAUCGGAGAGCAAACUGUAUGAGUAAAUUAUGAUACAAAUUCACAGAUGCAAUAUCCAUUCUUUUUACAUGAUUAAUAAACUCUUACGGGUUAGCUAUAUGUUCUUAACCAUUAAAAUCUAUGGUUAGUUUACAUACGAUAACUCGUAACCAUCAGUUCUAAUUCUAGACAUAACUCUAAACCGAACUUUUCUCUUAAACUUAACCCGAACUCAAUACUAACCCUAACAAAUAUUACAGGUAAACGUCACUAUAUCUCGUACUUCUUUGAUCACAAUCAUUUCAUUCCUGAGCUUAUAUGUUGGUGUUUUCUCAUCAGUCUGGCAUCUUUUUGGACUUGAAGAUGUUUUCCUAAUCAAUAAUAAUACUACGUCCGAUGCUGGAUAUUUUGGUUUUACAUGGUUUAGUAUAUGUCUUGCUUUAAGAUGACAUUUACUUAUUACGGAAACCAUGGUUUAACUCCCACUGAUACGUGCUAAGGACUGAUCAUUUAUUGUUAGCAUCUAUGGCGUUUACAUCUAAUUGUUUAGUGUCUUUCUACCUUGUUUUGACGAUUGUUCAAACUAAUAGUGACAGGUUGUCUGUAAGUUUCGGUCUUGAUGAAGUACUUUUGCGAGUAGCAUGUACUAUUUGACUAAAUCCUAAUUCUGCCAAAUAUGCAUAUUAGGCCUUUUUAAAAGAUGAUGUUUAUUAUUGUGGUAAAUUUGAAUUUGGUCUGCUUGAUUGUCAAGGCCAGAAAGCCCGUCUAGUGAUC